AUGGCCGAAAAACUGCAGCAGACGACCCAAAACAUCGUUGACGACAUCAAGUCGGGACUUCACGGCAUCCACGGCGCAGGUGAUGCUCUCCGGGGUGGCGCCAUGGAGGUACUUGACAGCGUCUUCCACAAACAGGAGGGUGAGCAGAGGAAUCGAGAGAUCGCCGCGCAUGGCCUGGCGGAGAUGAGGGGGACCGAAGACCGCUUUGAAGAAAGGCACCAUCAACACGAGGCACACCAUCUGGGAACUCAGCAGGGCGGUGGAACCGAGCACCAUCACCACCACUCUAGCCAGGGACAAGGAAGUCACUUUGCCGACGCUCAUGCAAGAGACAUGGCGAUCGAAGAGCAUCGUAAGGCAACAGGAAUCGUGUCAGAAGAGCGUGACAGCAUGAGCGCUGCACGGGCGGCGAUGCAGGAGAAGUAUUAA